UCAGCAUCUAGACAAUGAGCAGUGAGUGGGCGGAGCCAUGAGCCAUAGGGAGGAGCCAGAGGAGGCAGGUCCCAGAGGUCCUCCCCCUCAUCGCAGCAAGCAGCCCAAUGGGACUCCUCUCGAGGGAGGUCGCCCCAGAUGGAGGCCAUGCCAGCUGCACAAUCCCGAUGCAGAAAGCCAAGGCCACCACCAUCAUCACCAUCAACAAGCCAACCAGCACCCACCUGGAUCUAGCCAAGCUCCACCACGCCACCGUAGGCGGCAUGUUCCCGGUCAAGCACAGCGCAGGCGGACUGAGAGCGGAGACACAGAAGUUAGAGCUGGCCAACAGCCCAAGCUGGGGGCGUCAAGACAUCGUCGGGGUGGAGAGAGACUCCAUCAGCACAGAUACAGACAACAGCACAAAGAAGAAGAACAACAGGUGGCCAAAACUCCCCCAAAAGAACAAGCUUCAGAAGCAUUAUCUCCAGAAGAUUCCUCUCAAGAACUGCUAACUCCAUCUUCUCAGGAUGAACCAAUCACUGAUAGACUGGAUGGAAACAGUCCAGAUCUCUCCCAUUCAUCUGACACACAGAUUGAUCGUGAUACAGAUCCAGAACAGCCAGAGUCUUCAAUGGAACAGUUAGAGGAGAAAGUUCAAUGUGAAGAAUCAAAGUUUGGCGAAGAGGAAUUGGUGAAAGAGAACAAAGAGGAAGAGGACUAUUCCAGGGAAACUCAUGAACAAGACUAUGUUCCACCUAAGAUUACUUCAAAAUGUCGCCCUGAAAGUAAAAGAACCAGUCCGCUAAGAGUAGAUGUUCCACCGUUCGUCACAUCUCCUCACAAAAGGAUGAACAAACCUUUUUUUCAGUCUCCAAGAACCUUCCCCGAGACUCUUCGAAACUACAACUCUGAUCCCAAGUCAUACCCUACUCAUUUUAACACCAGUUACGCUCGUACAAACAAGAAUAAAGGGUUUGAUAGUCCCAUGUCCCAUGUUGUGGACCACCAAGAUGAUCUCUCAGACUCUAGUCCUGAAGCCUGCACUGAUUCUUACCCUCAACUAAGCCCAGAUUCUCACCCUGAAGAGACUUCACCAGAAUAUCAGACAGAAUCAUCCCAAUGCAACCUAACAGAUCCUAAUCCAGCCCUUGAGGGGCCUCCGAUGUACGAGAGGAACCAGAGCAUGACCAUGGACGAGUCUGAUGACCAGUGCGACCCACAGGAAGACAUGGGUCAGCUCAGUUCAGUGGGCUCCAGGCUGCACCACUAUGAUGAACAGUCAGGAGAUGAAGCCGAAAGCUCAGGGAGAAGCAGAGCCCAGGUCAGGAAGAUAUCAAGCUUGACUAGCCUAUCACUGGACGUUCACCCCCAAGAGGAGACAUCAGAAAAUACUCAGCUUUCACCUGAUCUGCAGGUUGAAGUAGGGGAAAGACCUGAUAAGUCAUUCACUUCAGCCCAAGAUGAAAUAACAGAGUCUUGCAGAGCUACAGGAGAUGCUGUCUCUUUGGCCAUCAAGGAUAUUAAGGAAGCUAUCGAGGAGGUGAAGACCAAGACUGUGCGUUCGCCCUACACUCCUGACAAGAUCACAGAGCCCGUGUGGGUGAUGAGGCAGGACGUGAGCCCUGUUGAGGACAACCUUCCUCAGAUUCACUCAUAUCCACAGUCACCAUGUCAGCUAUCGCAGUCUUCUCCACUGUAUGCGGCUCCAGUUCCAGAUGCUGAGCUUCCUUUGGGAGCAGAAUCCUCUGGAGUCCAUCAUCAGGACCAGGAUCUUGACAUCAGUCCCUGUGUGUCAUGUCAAGAGCCUAGGAGAAAUUUGGCCUCUUUCCCUACAUAUGUUGAUGUUCCUGGCCCAUGUGACCCUGAGGAUUUGAUUGACGGCAUCAUUUUUGCCGCAAACUACCUGGGCUCCACCCAGCUGCUGUCAGAGAGAACGCCCACGAAGAGCGCGCGCAUGCAGCAAGCCCAGGAGGCCAUGAGCCGCGUCCGGACAGCCCAGACACAGGCCAAAAUCAGAAAUAAGCAGGGCACUGAGAGUGGGCCGCCGUCCAGCACAGAAGUGGACCUCUUUAUAUCAACGCAGAGGAUCAAGGUGCUCAGCGCUUUCACACAGGACACCAUGAUGGACCAUCCGCUGAGGACCAUCUCCUACAUAGCCGACAUCGGGAACAUGGUUGUGCUGAUGGCUCGUGGGAAGAUGAUUCGCUCUCAGAGCGCACAGGAGAACCUGGACACGGCAGAGACGCAACACACAAACCCAGCACGAGACGACCAGCGCCAGUACAAGAUGAUCUGCCAUGUGUUUGAAUCAGAAGAUGCUCAGCUGAUCGCUCAGUCCAUCGGCCAGGCCUUCAGCGUUGCGUAUCAGGAGUUUUUGAGAGCCAAUGGCAUUGAUCCAGAAGACCUGAGCCAGAGAGAGUACAGCGACCUGCUCAACACUCAGGACAUGUACAACGACGACCUCAUUCACUUCUCCAAGUCUGAAAACUGCAGAGAUGUGUACAUCGAGAAGCAGAAGGGUGAGAUGCUGGGUGUGGUGAUCGUGGAGUCGGGCUGGGGCUCCAUCCUCCCCACGGUCAUCAUCGCCAGCCUGAUGCACAGCGGACCCGCAGCCAAGUCCGGGAGACUCAACAUCGGAGAUCAGAUCAUGACCGUCAACGGCACCAGUCUGGUCGGACUGCCGCUCUCCACAUGUCAGAGCAUCAUUAAAGGGCUGAAGGCUCAGUCCAGGAUAAAGAUGAACAUCGUCCGGUGUCCCCCUGUGACCAUGGUGCUCAUCCGCAGACCAGACCUCCGCUAUCAGUUGGGUUUCAGUGUACAGAAUGGCAUUAUUUGCAGCCUCAUGCGAGGGGGGAUCGCAGAGAGAGGAGGGGUCCGCGUGGGCCAUCGCAUCAUCGAGAUCAACGCUCAGAGCGUCGUGGCCACACCUCACGAGAAGAUCGUCCACAUCCUGUCCAACGCUGUGGGAGAGAUCCACAUGAAGACUAUGCCUGCCGCCAUGUACCGCCUGCUCACGGCCCAGGAACAGCCCGUCUACAUCUGAAGCUCAUCACCUUUACACACGCUGACCCAGACUUCUUAUUUAUUGAGAUAUUAAUAUAACUGUUUACAGAUUGAUUUUA